AUGGAGCACGCUGUGUUACCAGUCGACAUAGAAGCCAGUUCGACCGAUGGCGACAACACUGCCGGAGGUGCAAAAGAGGCGACAUUGACGCAAAUCGAGGAGGAUGACAGAUGGGACAAGGACCCUGAAAAUCCCCUAAACUGGGGCCCGAGAGCCAAGUUCAUACAGAUUGCUAUGCUCUCAUCUGCCACAUUCCUCGGCUCAGUCGCCACAUCCAUUGUUAGUCCAUCCGUGGCGUAUGUGAUGGUGGAAUUCUCGGUUUCACGGACUGUCGCCAUUCUUUGCCUCGCACUCUACGUCUUAGCACUUGCAUUUGGUCCUGUCAUCGGUGGACCUUUAUCUGAAACGAUCGGUCGCCGAUACGUCUACAUUGGUUGUAUCCUGACAGGUGUGCUGUUCACAAUCGGUGCCUCUCAGGCCACCAACUUUACUGCGCUGUGCGUCUUGAGAUUUUUCUCCGGCUUCUGCUGGGGUCCUACCUUGGCUGUCACGGCGGGAUCGAUCAUUGAGGUCUUCAGAGCCGAGGCAAGAGGACCUGUGAGCGCAAUAAUUGUGCUGAUGGCUUUUCUUGGUCCUGGCCUGGGGCCCGUGAUAGGAGCGUUUGCUGUUAGUCGACAUGGUUGGCGCUGGCCAUACUACUGUCUUCUUGUUAUAUCUGCAGCCCCUUUGACGCUUUCAAUACUUUCCAAGGAGACCUUCCACCCUCUGCUUCGAAGAAGACUUGCUAAAAGUCGGGGUGAGCCAGUCUCUCCUUCCCAGCCACUGUCGGUGCGUCUUAGGGAAUUUGCCCUUGUCGCUGUCAUCCGACCUGUCCGAAUGCUGGUUCUCGAACCGAUUGUUACUUUCAUCUGUCUCUACGUUGCUCUUGGGUUCGGCACCCUGUUCAGCUUCUUCGCUGCAGUGCCGUAUACCUUCACCUCUGUAUAUAGGUUUGAUGUCGAGCAAUGCGGUCUGGUCUUUCUUUCUGUUGUUAUCGGGUGUUUCCUUGGACUUAUCACCAUCGUGCUCUGUGAUAAGCUGAUAUACCAGAAGAAAGUCAGCCAAUUUCCACCCAACAAGGUACCUCCUGAGCACCGCCUCUAUGCUGCCAUGGUCGGCAGCUUGGUGUUGCCGAUCGGGCUUUUCUGGUUCGGAUGGUCGGCACGUGCUGGCGUGUCGUGGGCCAGCCCUGCAGCAGCCAUCUCAUUCUUUGCCUGGGGGAAUAUCUCCAUCUUUAUCACCACAUUUCAGUAUAAGACUGACACAUACACCGGCAACGUAAUUGCCAGCGCGGCCAGCGCCAACAGUUUGGCCAGGUAUGGAUUUGCCGCAGCUUUCCCACUCUUUACAGUUCAGAUGUACCAAAAGUUGGGCAUCUCCUGGGCUAGUAGCCUUUUGGGAUUCUUCUCCCUUGUGCUAUUGCCUGUUCCCUGGGUGCUGUUCAAAUAUGGGCCACACAUCAGAGCAAAGAGCCAGUACGAGACGAUCCAAUACAGCUAA